UUGUGACGUUAAACAUCUUUGAGUAUCAGUUGGUUUUGUUGACGAAGAUGUGUUUACAUUUUUAAUAAUAUAAUUUUACGACAGUGAUGUGCAGUAGUUGAACGGACUUAAUGUUUGUUGUUAACCGUCAGAUGUCCAGCAUGGACAGCCACCACCACGGCCCGAUGCAGGCGGUGCAGCAGUCACAGGGCGGGGCGGGCAGCCUGGCAACACAGGCGCAGCUCCAGCAGCAGCAACAGGCGCAGCAGCAGCAGCAGGCACAGCUGCCAUGGGAGGCGCGCCGCCGUGCCUUGCACGCCGCCGUCUGCUGCCUGCUGGCAGAGCUCGGCACUGAGGCUGCCGACCGUGCCGCCCUCGAGACCCUCGUCGAGGCUGUUCAGUCAUUCGUCUGGGAGGUCGGCAACAGCAGUCGGGCGUAUUGCGAGCUAGCCGGCCGCACACAACCACUGCUGGGCGACGUAGUGGUGGCACUCGUCAACAUAGGCUUCCCACUCGAGGGCCUUGAGGCGCAUGCCCGCCGUCCCGGUCGGUCCGUUCUGUCGCCGCCCACACAUGCCUCACAGCAUAAGAGCUUGAGCAUUCUACAAGCGGGUGUGAAGCUGCCACAUCCGGCACACGUCCCCACACACCUGCCGGCAUUCCCCGAUCCACACGCAUACAUAAGAACCCCAACUCACAAGCAGCCCGUGACAGAAUACGAGGCUAUUCGUGAGAAGGCGGCCACUCAAAAACGGGAUGUGGAGAGGGCUCUAACCCGUUUUGUUGCCAAGACGAGUGAGACACACAGUCUCUUUGUUGGUGUGGAGGAUGGGCACGUUUUCCCUCUUAUUGCGUGCAAACCUCAUCAUCCACCGUACCUCAAGGCUCUGCUGCCGAGUGACCAGGUGUUUGAAUUCGACGAGGAACUGUCGAGUCCUCCUCAGCGACCGCCACGGCAACGCCGCGAAGCUGACGGGGAGGAGGAAGGUGAUGAAGAAACUCGCGAGGGUGACGAUGCGGCACGUGCUGGCGACGCGGACACAAUCGACAACCCUUACCUGAGACCCGUGAAGCUGCCCCGCCGCAAGAAGCCUGCGGCGUCAACACCGGCGCCUGCGAAAGCGUGACGAGCUGUCAGGAGAGGGAAAGGGAGAGGUGCUGAACCCACCCCGUAGGACAGAAUGAUACCGGAGGCACCCUUUCGCUGUUGGUGUAACAGUGGACAUUUGUCUGUCUGUACUCAGUGAUGAACUAUUCUUGUGGAGGUGUAAUUCACUUUCAGUAAGCCACUGAAGAGGUGAACUAAAUGUGCUGUGUUGUAAAUUCUAGACUGCAUUGUGGACAGUGAAAUAAAGGUAAUUCGACUGAUUAUGGAGGACACAGGAUGUGGCAGUUUGAAUGCCAUUGUCUUAACAGGACAUAACUUCUUGUCAGAAGUCAAAAGACUUUCCUUAUCUUAGUGUUGAGGACAAUUUGCAUUAUGUUACUUUUUGUAAAUAAAGUUAGUUUUUGAUA